AGGGGAGGAGUGUAGGGUUACAGCACGGAAAUCCUCCGUGUGUGCAGGGAUUCAAGCAGCCUCUUGCUGCUCCCGGCCUUUUCUCAUUGCUCUGGUCCCAUCCUUGUCCCUGUCCUUGUCCUUGCUCCUCAGUUCCUCUCGCUGUCUCUAGCAACAACCCUUUCCAGCCAUGGCAAUGCUGGCAGCACCCCCAGCACUCACCAUCCCACCUGACACCUUCUGCUUCCAGCCCCGCCACAUUGCCGUGGAUCGGCAUCGUCUCAGUGCUGUGGAUGUGGAGCGAGUGGCACGGGAAGGGGACGUGGCUGUGCUGCAGCAACACAUCUCCAACAUCACCUUCUGUAACAUGGCUGGGGAGCGGUGUUCCCACUGUGGGCAGCCAGCUGACCCUGUGCUGCUGACAGUGCUUAGGUUGGCCCAGCUGAGCAUCGAGUACCUGCUGCAUUGUCAGCAGUGCCUGGCUGACAGCCUGGCUGUGCAUGCCCAGCACCUGCAGGAUGCCCGUGCACAGCUGGCCCAUGCACAGGGCCUGGCAUCGGAGCAGUCAGCAAGGCUCCGGGGUGAGAAGGAAGAGAACAGGAGAUGGAAGAAGCUGGUGGCCACCCAGCUCCUCCUGCAAGCCAGACCCAGUGGUUACUCUAAGGGUGCUGCUGGAGCAAUAUCUCACCUUCACUCACAGUGGCUCUGCUCCCCAGGCUUUGCAGAGACCAAGAAGGUGGAGCGGAUGGAGAAGGAGGUUGAGGAGCUGAAGGCAAAACUGUGUGAGAUGCAGCAGCAGCUGGCAGCCAGGAAGGAGGCAGAGAAGCUACACAAGGAGCAGGAAGAAAAGAGAGCUCACCAGCGGGAAGUGGAGGGCAAGAGAGAUUUCGAAAGGUGGAAAGAGGAGGAGAGGAUGAAGCUACACUUGGAGAUGGAUGGCCUGAGGCAGCGCUUACUCACUGAGCUGCAGGAUGCUGCCAGCAAGAGCAGUGCUAUGGAAGGGAAGCUGCAGGAGCUACAGGCCAGAGCAGCAGUGGUGUCUAGCCUGGGGACCCUGCAGGAUGAUGACUCUGAUCUGGAAGGAACAGCAGUGCAGACCAAGCUGCUGUCUGCAAAUAAGCCCAAAGUGACCCAGCAGGUGACCAGAGCAUUGGUUUCUGAAGGGUCCUCAGAAGGAGACACAGCAGAUGAUGCUCAGAGUGGGAAGAGGCGACUGCUGGAAGCCCUGUGGAGAAAACCAAACCUCCUGAAGAGGUUUCGGCGCAUCCUGGAGGCAGCACUGGAGGAAAAGCUGGAGAGCAUGGGGGUCAGCAGGGUUGCAAAGGGGAUCUCCACCCAGACCUACCAACACCUCCAGGCUGUGCUCAGGCUUCAGCAGCAGCAGAAAGCUAAGAACAGUCCUGGUCUCUUCCAUCUAAGGGGUGAGUUGAUCCAAGAGCUGAUGAGGACAGUCAGGCAACUCAAGAAGCCCAGCAUUCCUUUGCCUCGACAGCUCUUCAUAAUCCCAGGGACUGCUAUGUCUAUGAAAAGGAAACCCUUGGAGAGACAUCUGGAUGUGAACACACAGAGACCAGCCAGUGGGAUGAAAUCUCAUCCCUGAGCUCAACAUCCCCCAGAGACAACCAGCUCACCAAUAAACUCCAGGUAUCUCAUGUGAAUGGCCAUAGGGUUGUUCCUGGACAUAAUUUCCAUUCAGCUUCUUCAUACCCAUUAGCAGUGCCAUGAAGUAGUGCAUGUCAAAGGACUUCAGAAUUACAGCAGUGGAAACUUGGUCAUUGGCCCGUCUCCUGUUUGUUCUUAUUACAAUGAGGAUGAAGAUCUGGGCCUUCAACAGACAAAGUGAAAAAAAGAAGAGAUUUGCAAGCCAUGGAAAUAGAGAAAAGAUCUUGUGGGGCAUCCUGAUGCUGCUGGGUUUUGCUAUCUUUGCAGGCCUGAGUUUAGCAUCCAGCCCUGCUGCUCCCCUUCAUCUUCCCUGUGCCCAUCAUGCAGAUGCCUGCAGUGACCCGGAGGCCCUCCUGGGCGACCUGGCCACCAGUCCCAGAGGCUGGUGACACACAAGGGACCAACACCUUGGUUACCAUUCAGCCCAGCACCGUGCAAAAGGAUACUUGGUGCCAACGAGGAAAUGGGAGCCCUCUGGCAGCAGCCACUGGAUGGUGCCACAAGACCACAAACGAGCUGCAACAGCAUCCUACAGCUCCUGGAGGCUUCAGAGCCCCACCUGCAGUCCCUCCUCCCCUUCUUGAAUCAGUGCAUGCACUCAGCUGCAUGCCUGUGCGCUCCCCUACAGUCGGUCUGUGGCUGCACACCUUUAGAGGGAAAUGUCCCCAUUUUAAUCUUCCAAGUUGAAAUAAGAGCAGGACCUAGUCUGUAUUAUUUGUUACAGUGCAAUUAUCAAACGUGUCAUUUCACAGGUCAUUUAACAAAUGGUUUUCUUUUGGGUGAGCACUGAUUUUAGUGAGCACUGCUUUUAAUGAAUUAAGUCAAGAUUUUAGAGCACUGCCCUUCCCUACCUUUUCUUGCUGGUGCCAAACUGGGCUGCACUGGUGGGGACCUGACGUACUCCCUGUGCCCAUUGGUACUGUCAUGCAUUCACUCCGUACUGCACACUGCCCAACCUAUGGAGCAGAAGGGAUGCUCCCAAGCAGGCUGAUGUAAAGGAAAAUCAACAGAAACAAAGGCAGCAGAAGCUGGUGGAGCAGCAGCAGGGAAUGCCACAUACACUAGUGGGGGCUCUGGUUUCAAUAGGCAGACAGGUGUUCUGACAAUUCCUCCGCACAAAGAUCUCUUUGUGAUUGCAUUAAAGAAACAAAUUCAGCUUUUCCCAUGGGAAAGCGACAGCAAAACAAAGGCUGCCUCUAAAAUUCAUUUCCCCCGCCCUGUAAGGAUGAGACACUACAGUGCCAUGAACCGAUGUGACUUUGUUAGCAGUGAAAACAAUGGGGAGGCUGCUGCCUGCAGCUGUGCAAACCACAGCAUCACACCCUCCAGCAGCACCUCGCAGAGCAUCCUCUCCCUCUCCAUCCUUUGCACCUCCUCCUCAGGUCAAAUCCUGCCUGGCUGAGUGUUGCAGUUGUGCUUCUUUCCAGUGCAAGCAGCCCUCUGCCCUGACCUCGCACCUCACCUUCAUCACUCCCACUAAAACUACUCCCCUUUAAUUCCCACAGGGUUCCCCUUCGAAAACAUGAUCUUCAUGUUGCCAUGGCAUAUUGAAGGGUCCAAGAGGAAGCUGGGGUUGGGUUUAGAAAAGCAAGUGAUGCUUGCACGAGCUGCUUCCAGACAGCAGGUACCCUGGGGAGCAGGCACAACCCCUUCCAAAGGGAAGUAUUUGUGCUGCAAUACAACCUUUGCCAAGAGCUUGGUGACACUGGAGUGUAACGCUCUUCAAACCACGCACUUUGUCUUUUGUUUUUCCUCAGUGACAUUUGUCUUCAUGGGACUCCGUUUAUUAAUAACUCUCUUAUUAAAGCACAAAUGCACGUGGAACAAUUAGCUGAGAACCAAACCACAGCACUGACGGCGCGAAUGCAACACAACUAUCCUAAAUAACACAAAGCUGAGAAAAAAAUAAAGGAAAGGAAAAAUCCUAUCAAAUUUAUUCAGUCGUAAUAUCUCACCCAGAGAGCUAUUCUCCCAUAAUAUUUGGGGCAAGCACAGUGUCAUAAAUCUUAGUGUUAUUAAUCCGUAGACUCAUUCAUCUCUGUUCAGCUAUAUAAAAGCAAUAACCUUGUCACUAUAGGAAGGAAGAUUGGGCUUUUAAUUGCAUAUAGGUUUCAGGAGAGUUCUUAUCUCAUAGUCCAAUUUGUAGCUUCAGAUAUGGGUCUUUGCUUCCCAUGGUCAAAGUCCAUGCAAAUCUGCCGUGCUCUCAUAUACUUAUAAAUGUUGCUGAACCUCAGAAAGAACCUAUGCGGAGCUCUGCUGGCAGAUAAUAUACACAGCCUUUCAGCAUCUGCUUUAUUAGACAAGCCUAUAUUUAAUUAGGUGCUCUGAGAGAGAACAUGUGCUUCCAGAACAUGAUGAAAUUUAUGGAAACAAAACCAUUUCUGAGUGUUUGCACACAUGCACACUCACAUUGCCAACCACCUCUGCAUCUCUAGCAAAAUGCAUCCUUUGUCCCACAUCUUACCAUCAGUAAAGGCAUAAUAAUUGGCUGGAGGUCUUCCCUCUCUGAAUUAUUAUAAGGUUGGGUAUUAGGAAGAAUUUCAUCUCAGAAAGAGCAGUGAGGCACAGGCACAGCUGCACAGGGAGGUGGGGCAGUCACCAUCCCUGGAGGUGCUCAGAGCUGUGGAGAUGUGGCACCGAGGGAUGCAGGCAGUAACAUGGUGGGAUAAGCUGGUGUUGUACUUGGGGAUCUGAGCAGUCUUUUCCAUCCUCAAUGAAUCUACGACUCUAUGUUUAUUUGUCAAAGAGAGACAUAUGGAGGAGUUUGGCUCCAGUUAUCACUAGGCUUUACUCAACCAAAGGCUCUUGCACAGCAAACCUCCUUGUUGCUUCUGAGAGGAGGAGUGCAGGAUAGGAGGAGAGUGGAAAGGUGAUACAAGAGGCGUAAUGACAGAUGGACUAAUACAGUAGAAAGGUGUUAGAAGGGGAAGGAAAAAAAGGACUGCUCACCCAUUUCUGAAGAUUGGGGCUCACAGGAAAAAAACUCCAUAGAGAAGGAAUCUCCAACCAGAGAUCCUUCCCCAGUGGCAGUCAGCCCUUCAAUGGGGUCUAAGAGAGAUGCAGCCAGGCUCCACCCCUUCCAGUCUCACAUCUGCAUUGCCUUCACCUGUGCUCCCAGGGCUGACCAGGUUCUUUGCCCAGUUGCUCAAUCAGUGGAUCAGGCUGAGGAUUCAGCAGUUACCAUACAGCUGAGUACUUGGAAGAGGAUGGAUGCACUUGGAGCACUUGGAUGACAAUAUGGGCUCAUUCUCAAGGGUUUUUGGAUGUCCCUUUAUACUCAAAGCCCAAGAAUAGAAAAAUUUCAGCAUACAUAUAUAUAUAUAUGUAUGUAUGUAUGUAUGUAUAUUUUACCAGUCAGUCUGCAGAGGAAAGCUGGGAAACAGGAACUUUGUUCUCACCAAACACCAAGAACUUUCCUUUAGCAGAUGGCUUCAGCCAUAGUGCUUCCAGGAGACAGAUCAGCUGAGGAGAUAUUUGGAUCCACCUCCCAAGGUGGCGAAAGCCUGGAUGAUUUCUGCUGAACAGAGGCAGCUCCAUGGCUAUGGGUGCUGGUUCUCCCUCAGUGCACCAAGAUCACCACUCGUGAUGGUACCCACCAAGAAACCAGGUCCCUCCUGGCCAGCUCAGGAGCGAGAGGGAGCUUCCAUUAUACUGCAUGCUGCUCCAUAACAAACAGGCUUCCAGAUGCACAAGUCUCAUCUUCAGGGUUUGAUUUAUCCAGCGGAGUUCACCGUAUUAACAUUUUUGAUACUGUUUUCAGCCAGGGUAAGGAAAUGAAAACUGGUGCUGAAAGAUUAGACAUCUACACAGGGCAGGAAUCAGAGGAACCAGCUGUGUUUCAGCUCUCUGUCACUCUGCAUAGUGCUCCUACCUGCAAUCUUGUCAUCUAUAUGCUCGCUCGCAUCUAAGUGAGGCUGAGAUACAGUCAGCUCAAUGUAUUUGCCAGCGUAUCUGCACUGCAUAAAAAUAAAAUCUAACUUUCAAAGUUG